ACAAAGUCAGUGUUAAAGGUUUCUGGGACUUGUAAAGGACCCAAGGUGUCUCUGCAGACAUCACUUCUAAAUUUCGGUUUGGUGAAUUUGGGGGAGAAGAUCCUGCGUACCCUGGAAAUAACGAAUUCUUCAGAUGUUCCAGCACCCUUUCAGUUUGAUAUUGAUUCCAGCAAAAGCAUUUUUUCCUUUGACCGGCUAUCUGGAACGCUGAGCCCUGGAGAGACGCGGAGUGUGAAGAUUACCUUCUCUCCAAUUCAUCCAAUUCCUCAUAAUCGAAGAGUCGCCUGCCUUCUCCACCAUCAGGAUCCUUUGUUUGUGGACCUGAUUGGCACUUGUCACUCGGACACGGAGAAGCCGGCCAUUGUACUUCCUAAGCAUUUGUCCCUUUACAGAACAAACAUGACACGGGGGCUGACAAUCUACCCACCUGAUAUCCUGGAUGCCAUGAUAGAGGAAAACAAACUAAGCACGGAUAGUGAGGGGGCUCUGGUUCUUCACGAACAGACUGAGGGUACUCCUGAGAUACACCCCUUUCCUGAUGCCGUAACUGAAUAUUUCAAUGAUGACUUCAAUCGUGAGGAUUCUAUAUUGUUAUCACAUAUUACAGCCAGCACCAGAAACUUUGAUUUUGGUCGAUGUGUAGGACGCACGGAAGAAACGCCACCUGAACCUCUUCCUCUGUCCCUGACCAAUCAUACUACGGGGAAAGUGACUGUUAUGUGGACCUGCAAACCUCACAGCCCAUUUCGGGUCACCCCAGAGGUCACCGACAUCCCACCUCUGAAAUCCACCGCCUUCAGAGUGGUCUUCCAACCCUCACAGAUUAAUACCUUGUAUGAGGCAGAAUUGGAGGGCUUCAUCUUCUACAAGGUUCUGCGGAAUUAUCGCAAUGUAAAAGACGCCACUGUGUGCCCCCCUUGGUGCAUUACCCUACGGGUGAGAGGCCACACCUUUGAGUUAGGACAGGAG